UCAGGAAGCUACCCUUGAGCAUAAAUAAGAACAUGAGCAUGAGGAACAGGAAAAGGACCAGUUAGCAGCACCAGGAGCAGGACCAGGAGCUGAGCAGAAACAGGGGCCACAGGAGGGGCAGGAGUUGAGGAGGAGUAAAUACAGGAUCCAGAGCAACAGCAAGAGCAAGAGCAAGAGCAGGGAGAGGCAUCACCAGGAGGGACGAUCUCUGGCAGCCUGCAGGCAGCUCCCUACAUUAAGGAGAGAGCUCUCCUAUUUUGGUGUGAAGGUGGCUCUAAUCAAGCCUGGUUACCUGAAGACCAAUGGGAACAGUACUGAAACAUUCUUGCAAAUUUGAAGACGGUGUGAGACCAGGCCAGCUCAGAGGUCAAGAUUUAUGGCGAGAAGUUUCUGGAAUCCUACUUCUUUCCUGAAUGUCGGCCUGGUUCCUCUUGAAGGAGAAAGGCACCCCUAGGAGGCUAAAACCAUCCAGGUGUCCAGCCAGCUUUUUGCUGAGAACAAAUACUUAGCUCUUAAGGCAGAACUGAAUGGAUACAGUGUUGUCUCUCUUCUGGCUUGUGUCAUGGAUAAGGUGAGCUUCAGAGAUCAGACUCUUAUCUUGCGCACUGUGCCUGUUUCUGGUUUCUGUGAAGUUAUGUUGCUGUACCUGGCAGCCCUCAUGGGUCUGUACUACCUCGUGCGCUGGUACCGGGAGAGACAGGUGGUGAGCCACCUGCAUGACAAGUAUGUCUUCAUCACGGGCUGUGACUCGGGCUUUGGGAACCUGCUGGCCAGGCAGCUGGACAAGCGAGGUUUGAGGGUGCUGGCCGCAUGUCUGACAGAAGAAGGAGCUGAGCAGCUGAGAAAACGAACAUCAGAACGGCUGGAGACAGUGAUCCUGGAUGUCACCCGGACAGAGAGCAUUGCUGCAGCCGCUGAAUGGGUGAAGGAGUGUGUGGGGGACAAAGGACUCUGGGGCCUGGUGAAUAAUGCUGGUAUCUCCUUCCCUUCUGCUCCCAGUGAGUGGCUGAGCAAGCAAGACUUCAUGAACAUACUCAACGUGAACCUGGUGGGGGUGAUCGAGGUGACUCUGAGCCUGAUGCCUUUAGUGAGGAAGGCUCAAGGGCGUGUGGUCAAUGUCUCCAGUGUCAUGGGGCGGUUGUCACCCUUUGGUGGUGGCUACUGCAUCUCCAAGUAUGGCGUGGAGUCCUUCUCAGACAGUCUCAGAAGAGAGCUCUCCUAUUUUGGGGUCAAGGUGGCCAUUAUUGAGCCUGGUUGGUUCAAGACCAAUGUGACCAGCAGUGAAAGAUUCAUACUAAGUUUACAGAAGUUGUGGGACCAGCUCAGCACAGAGGUCAAGGAGAUCUAUGGCGAGAAGUUUCUGGAAACCUACCAGAAAUCAUUUAAAUUAAUGGCACAAAGGAGCACACCAGACCUGUCCUUGGUGACUGACUGCAUGGAACAUGCGCUGACUGCUUGUCACCCUCGCACCCGAUACUCAGCUGGCUGGGAUGCCAAGCUCUUUUACCUCCCCUUGAGCUACAUGCCCUCAUUCCUGGUGGAUGCCCUUGUGUACUGGGGCUCUCCAAAGCCAGCAAAAGCCUUGUAAAGCCAACUUUUGGGUGUAUUGUUGGGGAAGCUCGGUAUUGUGUGUGGGUUGGGACAUGUCAGGUAAGGGCAGUGGGUAGAGGCAAGCAGCUUUCACACACUAGGGCCCGUAUCCCACCUUCUAGGCCCAAAGGAUUUUUCUCAGGUAUUAUUCAAGACUGGUGACAUGAGAGGGAAAGAGUCAAGGACUUCUGCUGAGGAAUCGGAACUCAGUAUCACCCACUGAUUCCCAAUUCAUUUAGGCACGAGCUGUUUUUUCUGUUGAUUGUAUAUCUUCCAUGCCACCUAUCUCCGAGCCAGAUGAUUGUGGACUGAAAUUUAACCAACUGUGAGCUAAAUAAACCUUUCCUCCACCA